GACGAGCGACUUAUUUGCAAAGCUUUCUUCCUGGUUUUUGCCCACCCCGCCUCCCCCAUUUUCUCUCACGCACAGAAUCAAAAUCAAAGCAUUCGUUUAUCAUGGCAACUCUUUGAUCAAGAGCAAUUAAUCCUCUAAUCGGAAUCUCACUGAGAUAGUUCUUCAAUAUCUUGAAUUUGGAACAAUGACAGAUGGCCAUGUGUUCAACAACAUAUCUCUGGGAGGUCGUUGGGGCACUAAUCCAGGUCAGCUUAAAGUUCAUUCCGGCGGUAUAUUGUGGAAGAAACAAGGAGGUGGUAAGGCUGUUGAAGUAGACAAGUCUGAUAUCCUGGGUCUUACAUGGAUGAAAAUUCCUAGGACGAAUCGGCUUGCUGUUGAAAUUAAGGAUGGUUUGAACUACAGGUUCACUGGUUUCCGUGACCAGGAUGUCAUUAGCCUGACCAACUUUUUUCAGAACUCUUGUGGGUUAACAACAGGAGAAAAGCAGCUUUCUGUUAGUGGGAAAAACUGGGGAGAAGUUGAUUUAAAAGGCAAUAUGCUGUCUUUUAAUGUUGGUUCGAAGCAAGCAUUUGAAGUCUCCUUAGCUGAUGUGUCGCAGACACAACUUCAAGGAAAGAAUGACGUCAUAUUGGAAUUCCAUGUGGAUGACACAACUGGUGCAAACGAGAAAGAUUCAUUGAUGGAGAUAAGUUUUCACAUACCAAAUAAUAAUACACAGUUUGUUGGUGAUGAAAACCGUCCACCUGCACAGGUAUUCCGUGAGAAAAUAAUAUCAAUGGCUGAUGUUGGUGCUGGAGGUGAGGAGGCCGUAGUUACAUUUGAGGGCAUUGCGAUUCUUACUCCAAGGGGUCGAUACAAUGUUGAACUUCAUCUAUCUUUUUUGCGGCUGCAAGGGCAAGCCAAUGAUUUCAAAAUUCAAUUCGGCAGCGUUGUUCGUGUUUUCGUACUGCCAAAGUCAAACCAACCCCAUACGUUUGUUGUUGUUACCCUUGAUCCACCAAUCCGCAAAGGCCAAACUAUGUAUCCACAUAUAGUAUUGCAGUUUGAAACGGAUUAUGUGGUGGAAAGCACCUUGACUAUGAACGAAGAUUUAUUUGCUACCAAGUACAAGGACAAGUUAGAGCCAUCUUAUAAGGGACUCAUUCAUGAAGUGUUCACCAUGGUAUUGAGAGGCUUGUCUGGCACAAAACUCACUAGACCCGGAAAAUUUCGUAGUUGUCAGGAUGGUUAUGCCGUAAAAUCAUCCUUAAAAGCUGAAGAUGGUGUCCUUUAUCCACUUGAAAAGAGCUUUUUCUUUCUCCCAAAGCCUCCUACUCUUAUUUUAUAUGAUGAGAUUGAUUAUGUCGAAUUUGAAAGACAUGCUGCCGGAGGAUCAAAUAUGCAUUACUUUGAUCUUCUUAUUAGACUGAAGACAGAACAAGAACAUCUUUUCCGGAACAUUCAGAGAAAUGAAUAUCAUAAUCUCUUCGAUUUCAUCAAUUCAAAAGGUCUUAAGAUCAUGAAUCUGGGCGGUGCCAAAACCACAGAUGGUGUUGCAGCCGUGCUACAAGAUGAGGAUGAUGAUAAUGUUGAUCCGCAUCUUGAGCGGAUAAAGAAUGAAGCUGGUGGAGAUGACAGUGAUGAGGAGGACGAGGAUUUUGUUGCUGACAAAGAUGAUGGAGGCUCACCUACUGAUGAUUCUGGGGGAGACGAUUCUGAUGCUAGCGGAAGUGGAGACGAAAAGGAGAAACCUGUGAAGAAGGAAAUGAAGAAAGAACCUACUACUUCUAAAGCAUCUUCAAGUAAGAAGAGAACCAAAGGCAGUGAAGAUGAUGGGCCAAAGAAGAGAAAACAGAAGAAGAAAAAAGACCCGAAUGCACCAAAGAGAGCUAUGAGUGGUUUUAUGUUCUUCUCACAGACUGAAAGAGAGAAUGUGAAGAAAGACAACCCUGGUAUUGCAUUUCAAGAAAUCGGGAGGGUUCUUGGUGAACGAUGGAACAAGUUAUCAGCUGGGGAGAAGGAACCAUACGAAGCGAAGGCUCAGGCAGACAAGAAGCGAUACCGAGAUGAACUCAGCGGCUACAAACCACCACCACCACCAACAAACUCAGGCAAUGGAUCCGACACCGCCUAAAUGUGUAACGCCUCCAUUGAACCGUUUUUGUUUUCCGUUUUGAAUUCAUUUAUGCUUUACAGAUUUUGUUUUAAAAGAACAAACUUAGAGAUGAAUUUCAAGAACAGGAAACAACCAAAAUGCUAGAAACCCAAUUUUGUUUUGGUCAUUU